AUGCCAGACAUCAAAAACAUGUCGUUCUCUGAUAAGGAUCUUGGAGGUUCUCGUCCUACAUCUGAGAAAGUAUCUGAGGUAGGGGUAGUGGAAGGUCUGAGCCAACCAAAACACAGUAUUCUUGAAAGAUGCCUCAGCUAUGUCAGACUUGAUAGUGGCAAUGACAUGAGUGCUGCAGGGCGGUGGAGCAAUUCUGAUCUUGAUCCGACACCGCUUGACAAGCAAUUAUGGAGGUCUCACAACUUCGUCACAUAUUGGCUCUGUGAUGCCGUAGCCCCUGGUAAUCUGCGCCUUGGAUCAUCUCUUGUGACACUGGGAUUUUCUUGGAAGGUUACGAUCGGCAUCAUUACCCUCGGACACUUCUUGAUCUCUCUCGCGAUCACUGCCAAUAGUGUCAUUGGCGCUAGAUAUCAUAUACCCUAUACUAUUCAAAGUCGCGCCUCCUUCGGAUUCUUCUUUUCCUUCGUGGUGGUCUUCAUUCGAAUGCUCGUCGGCUUCUUCUGGUAUGGCCUCAAUACUUACACUGGCGCCGAAUGUGUCAAUGCGGUUAUCAUUGCUAUAUGGCCAUCGUUUCAGAACGUACCAAACCAUCUCCCAGAGUCUGCUAAUAUUACUACCCAAAUGAUGACAGCCUACGUGAUUUAUUUCUUGAUAGUCUUGCCAUUUCACUAUAUCCAUCCUCGACACCUUAGAUGGUUUUUUGAUGUCAAAACAGUCCUUUGCGUGCCUGCUAUAUUUGGCAUGCUAGGUUGGGCUUGUCAUGUAUCUGGUGGAGGUCUUCACACCACUCUUAUGAAACAAGACACCACCUUGCACGGUUCUGCAUACACUUGGGCAUUUCUCAGUGGCCUUAAUUCCAUGCUUGGAAAUUACGGUACUAUGGCUGUCAACAUCAACGAUUUUGCCCGCUAUGCGCGCAGCUCAAGAAUGAUAGUUGUUCAGAUUAUCAUAAUUCCUCUCUCAUUCAUGCUUAUGUCUUUCAUUGGCAUUAUCAUUGCUGGAGCGGCCUCUGACCUUUAUGGCAAAGAGAUCUGGGAUCCGCUCACUAUUAUGUCUCAUUGGACUGGUAGUCAUCAAUCACGAGCCGGGGCAGCCUUUGUUGGACUGUCAUUUGUAUUGGCCCAGUUGGGUUCCAACAUUAGCGCCAAUUGUAUCUCUGCUGCAAAUGAUCUUAACGCAAUGUUCCCUAGGUAUAUCAACCUUCGCCGAGGGUCAUACCUCAUUGCAUUUAUCGGUGCAUGGGCGUUGACACCCUGGAAUAUAUUAUCGUCAGCUACCGCAUUGCUGGACUUCAUGGAUGGAUAUGUUAUUUGGCUCGCACCUAUCACUGGGGUUCUCCUUGCCGAUUAUUAUAUAGUUCAUCGCCGAACCUAUGAUAUCGAGGACAUGUAUCUACCUAAUGGGAUCUAUCGAUAUAACAAGUUUGGAACAAAUUGGCGUGCCGUUGCAGCAUGGCUGAUCGGAUGUGUGCCUCUUAUUCCCGGAUUCGCAAGUUCAAUUAAUAGCUCGCUGUCGAUUUCUCAGGGUGCGGAGAACUUAUAUAACCUUGGGUACAUUUUCGGAUUCUGUACAAGCUUUGUAUUAUACUCAGGUUUUAGUAUAAUUUCCCCGCCAAGGUCAACAUUUGUCAAGGCUAAGCCUGAAGAGCUUUCGACAGCUUGA